AUGCUUGCGAACCAAUGCAUUCUUUCACGCCUUCCACUAAUCUGCAGUGAAGCAUCUGGAAUCGCUCCUUCUGAUGCCUCUAACGAUAUUCCCCCUCGACCUCGAAUACCGCAACAGGCGCCGCUCAUGGCGGCGGCGGCGGUGGGCGCGGACGCGGGGGUGGCGGAGGACGCGGCUUCGAAGGCGGACGCGGUGGUGGAGGCGGCGGGAGCGGUGGUGGCGAGGCUGAACGGCACGGAGAUCACCAGCGCUGCUGGGGAUGUGAAUGCCACAGGCGUCAUCUCCCUCGCCGUCUUCCAGAGUGGCAGCGACUACAACAUUCGCUACGGCGUCAGCAUCCGCCUGACCGCCCCCGGAGCGCCUCUCUCCAUCGCCAUCAGCACCGGCGCUGCCGGCUCGGCUGACAGCGGCGCCGCCCUUCUCGAGUUCUCCGCAACCGAAGCAGCGUGGGCCAACAUAACUUGGAAUGGCACCCGCAGGGACUCCCGCGGCCGCAGGCACACCGCUCCCGUUCCGAAAUACUUUGGGUUUUUCCGCCCGGCUGCUCGUACCGGUUAUGUGUAUGGGUUCUCUGGUGUUUGGUAUAAUGCCACGCAGUACAGUAACUCUGAUGGGCAAAGCUAUUUCGAGGUGGCGAAUCUGCUCUUGGCGAACCCAGGUGGGUACUUUGGGAUUGUGAAGACUGAAGCAUUUGAGGAUGGAGCUGGCCGCGGUCAGUUUGCGAAUUUCACCCGCCCGACCCCCGACACGUUCUGGCAGCGCAGCUAA